AUCCUCAAAUCAAGCACGCUCCGACUGAACUUUCGUAUCCACUUACGACGAGAUCCACGUUUGCCUCAUCCAAUAAGACGAAGGAGCUGCCGAACGAGACCCUCCUUUCAGCGUCCCUCGAAGAUCAAAUCCCCAACAAACCACGAAACCAAACACCCACACGAAGGCUCCGAAUCAGAACCACACGCAACCAAAAAUGAAGCUCCUUACCCUAAAUUUCCUGACCUGCGCUAUCAAAACCUGCAAAACGAGUCCGGCAUCCUUCCCCUUGCACCCGCGCGACGCAGAGCUCGAAAUCAUCGAAUCAGAGAUCAACCUACCUUUCCUCAGGAAUAUCUUGCCGCGCUUGAUGUGGGAGGAGAUAAGGGUCAUUGCUUCCGAGCUCGGCCUUCCCUCCCUUCCUACCACACCCCCAACGCGCGAAGAUCUAGUCGAGGGCGCCUCCCAAGCGCAAGCCACCGAACAAGCGGAGGGUGAAGCCGUAGCCGAAGUGGAGGAAGUUCCUAGUCAAACAGCAAAGGACCUACACCGCAUCCUUCUCGAGACAGGUAUCAAGGAAGGAAAGCUCGUAUGUGGAAACUGCGCGCAUGAAUACAAGGUUAUGGAAGGAGUUGCCAAUUUCUUGCUUCCGGGACAUUUGGUGUAA